UUGCGAGUCAUUUUUACAAUCAAGGCUAAAAAUGACUUCUAAAUUUGAAUCAUCCAUUCAGAGGGGUUGUGACUUCAUCCAUGACUUUGCCUGCUCUCCGUGUGAAGAGAACGGAUUUAACACCGAAGCUCACCAUUAUUGUACUCAAUGCACAAAAUAUUACUGCCAAAACUGCGUUUCAAAACAUAACGGAUUAUAUCAGAAGCACGCGGUACUCGGACGGAAGGACGUGAAUAAAUGGGAGGCAGCCCCAGGGGUGGUGGACGACUUGGAGAGAUGUGGGAAGCAUCCCGGGGAGGCACUGAAGCUGGUAUGUGGUGACCAUGACCGGCUGUGCUGUCAUGUGUGCGUCGCCGUGGACCACAGACAAUGCUCCAAAAUCCAUCCCAUUCCAGAUGUAGCAAAAGGUAUUCAGAGAAAUAUUGAGUUUCAACAAAUUCCAAAGAAGAUAGCUGAACUUGAAAAGCAAUUCGGGCUGAUGAAAGAAGCAAGAAUAAAAAAUACGACAUCUCUGAAAAAGACGCGGACAGCCAUUUCUGAUGAAAUUAAAACCAUACGUAAAACGAUCAACGAAAUUCUUGAUAAGAUUGAGAAGGCAACUUUACAGGACUUGGACGGAAUGAUAGCUAAACUUGAAAAUAAUAUAAAGAAAGAUAUCGAAACUUGUGAUAAAAAGACUAUCGAACUGCAAAACAUGAUUGCCGCUUUUCAAACCAAAGCAAAAUCAAGCGAGUCAAAAUCAUAUAUUGCGUACAGAAAGAGCCAGGAUAUGAUGUCACAAGCAAACGAUCAACUUCGUGGCAUAUCAGUCAUUGCGUGUUACAAUGUAACAUUUCAAGCCAAUAACCUUAUAGAAGAACUUUUAUCUGCAGUAAAGACGUUUGGAACGAAUAAAGAACAAACUGUUAUGACCAAACAGCGAGAAGAUCCCCUUUCCGAUUCAAACCACGUCUUCAGUGUUGCAGAGUACAAGGAGUACAACGUGAAGAUGAGUGAUGACAAAUAUCGAUGUGAUAUCAGAGGCGUAUGUGAAUUGCCUAGUGGAGAGUUUGUCAUAGUAGACUAUGACAAUUGUAAAGUGAAGCUACUGGACAAGGAGUACAGGGUGCUCGACCACUGUGAUGUCCCGGGGAAGCCAUGGGACGUGUGCCACAUUGACGGAAAUGAAGUGGCCGUUUGUGUUGAAAGUGAACUUUAUUUCAUUAAUGCUACGAAAGGGAAACUCGUAACUACGAGGAAGUUAAGCUUCACCCAUGUGUGUUAUGCCGCAGCACAUCAUGGUGGCAAGCUUUACAUCUCCUCCUGUACCGCCCUGUACGUCUACACGAUGUCAGGACAGAAGGUGAAGAUGCUGUACGAGGACACGUCUGGGGAAUUCACGGUGCAGAAAUGUGCCAUCAGUAACGACGGGAAAACAAUCUACAUCAUAAACAGCAGUAAACAUCAACUGAUUACCCUAGACAACAACGGUAACAAGCUGGCCUUACUCACUGACCCUGACAUGAGGUACCCUACUGGAGUACACGUGACACCUGCUGGACACGUGUUCGUCUGCUGCUAUGACUCCGACACAGUGCUGCAGGUUGACAAAGACGGGGAGAAGAAGUUGGCCACUCUGGCAAGGGAAGAAAACGGACUGUACAGUCCGUAUGAUUUAUUGUUCAGCAGCAGCACUUCCUCUCUGAUUGUUGGUGGAAUAAAAGACACACUUCUUGUUAUCAAGUUAAAUUAAAACUAAAAACAAUGUUUGAUUUGGUACUAUCGAACUGGGAUCUUUCUUAUUGUUGCAAAGUAUAUUACAGUUUUGUCAUAUAUAAUUGUUUUGUUUAGACCGCUGGCUAUAAGUUAUAUGAUAGGAAUCCAAAAAGCACCUUGUGAAUACUUUUAUUUGAUCAUAUUUGGGACAAUUUAUAUCCCACAAACUAUGUGAAAUAAUAAUAUUAUACAUAUUUUAUUUGAUGAAUGUAGAAAGUUCAAUUUUCGUGUAUAUAUAUAUAUUACCUAUUAACAA